CUUGCUGUUGCUGUCAAUUGCGGGGAGGUCAAUUAGGUUGGCAUCUUAAUCUUAUUAGUCUUACUCUGAAUCACACGCAACCACUAAGCAUGAACGAACAAAACCCUCCACGGUCUGACAUACCCGCCAACAGCACGACCCGCAGAGACCUUCCUAUCCGCGAGUCCAACAUUCCCGCAAUACCCCCAAUGCCACCAGCCCCUCCUUAUCCAUCCUCCGGCAUAUCCCCCCCAAAACUUCAGACUCUUCAAAAUAGAAAAAGGAAUUCCCCAUCCUGGGCUAUAGAGCCGGAUCCCAUCAACGCUAACAAACGAAUCGCGGACUUGCGGUACUAUAUGACUGUGGAGGUAUUUCAGAAGCAAGUGAAUGAGAUCAUCCAGGACGGGGCUAUUGUCCCCAUUGAGUCUCUACACUUCGAUAAGCCUUAUUGGAUAGGGGGAUUUGGCUUGAUGUGUUAGGAAAAUUCUUAUGUUGUCAAUAUGUGCGAUCAUUGUUAGAACUGCUAUAUUGGUUCUUGUCUCUUGUUCGUUUUAAAAUUAAUUGGUCUGAUACCUCGCC